AAAAUCGAUUCGAGUACAUUUUAUUGCUUCUAAAUGCGUCUGUUGGUUUCAGUUUAAUGUCUGUUAGCGUCAUAUCUUAUAAACUGAAUAGUAUUCUCCGAAAAUGACACCAGGAAGUAUUUUCAGGAAGUGAUUUACCCUACGAGAUCAGUGACAGGUCCGCUGUGGAACAGUGUAUGUCAAGAUGGCAGGUUUGUCUUUGUAUUUUGAAGAUGGUCAUGAUGAUCUAGAUGACUUUGGAUUUGAUGACUAUGGUUCUGAAUGUGACGGCAUUCGGAUCACAGCGUUCCUGGACGCAGGGCAGGAUAACCUAACUCCUCUGGGCCGACUAGAAAAAUAUGCCUUCAGUGAGAACGUGUUUAACAGACAAAUUGUGGCACGUGGGUUAUUAGAUGUGCUACGAGAGUUCAGUGACAAUGAGAAUGACUUCAUCACCGUCAUGGAGACAGUUGUCAGGAUGUCUGAGGACGCAGAGCCCACAGUACGAGCCGAGCUAAUGGAACAGGUACCAAACAUUGCCAUGUUCCUUCAUGAAAAUCGGCCUAAUUUCCCAGCAGCUUUCUCAAGGUACUUGGUGCCCAUUGUUGUACGUUAUCUCACAGACCCUAAUAAUCAGGUACGCAAGACAAGCCAGGCAGCUCUGUUGGUGUUGCUAGAACAGGGCCUCAUAUGCAAAGCUGACAUGGAGGGAAAAAUCUGCCCUGUGCUUUUGGAGCUCACUGAACCAAGCAGCGACGACGACUAUAAGAUCGAGGCUGUUGCGAUCAUGUGUAAGCUGGUAACAAUGCUGAAUAAAGACACAGUAGAGCUUCUGCUGUUAUUACGUUUCUGUGAGCUAUGCAGCGAUGCCAGGCUUUUUCAAGUCCGCAAGGUUUGUGCAGCAAAUUUUGGUGAGUUCUGUUCCAUUGUUGGCCAAGAAGCCACAGAGAAACAGCUGAUGCCGAAGUUUUUUGACCUGUGUUCAGACAGCUUGUGGGGCAUUCGUAAGGCCUGUGCUGAGUGCUUCAUGGUAGUUUCAAACUGUACAUCUCCAGAGGUGCGGCGCACUAAACUGUCUCCCCUGUUUAUCAACCUCAUCAGCGAUCAAUCCCGUUGGGUCCGCCAGGCUGCAUUUCAGUCGCUUGGUCGUUUUAUCUCCACGUUUGCUAAUCCCUCCAGCACUGGUGUCCACUUCCAUGAGGAUGGAACGCUGCAUGAAAUCCCAAAGCCCACAGACAGAAAAGAACAGAAAGGUAGCUGCAGUGAUGUUUCAUCUGAGCGCUUUCCUGGUAGUCCUGCCUUUCCAGGCAAGUCAAACCAAUUCUCUGACACAGUCAAUAAACCAUCUCAAGCUUCAGAGGACCCCCACAGUUCCCAAGUUCCCUCUUCAGUCAAGUCCCAGACAAGUGAUGGUGAUCUGGGUCAACCUGAGAGCUUGACCACUACCCAGGACCAGCAGACAGGGGAUCUUUUUGACUCCUUCCACUACUGGAGACCACUACUGCCUGACAUCAGCCAGGAUUUGGAACUAAUACAAGGAGAGGGGAAAGAUGAGGAGCAAAGGCAGGAAAUGGUGAAGGAGGAAGAAACUGUUCCAGAUUUAGACUCUGAGGGCCCAGCCACAAGCUCCCAGAUUCAGAAAGUUCUAAAAUGCCUCCAGCCCCAUCUUGAUGACCCUGAUGUACAAGCUCAAGUGCAGGUCUUGUCAGCUGCACUGAAGGCUGCUCAGUUAGAGAGUCACACAGAUGAUACAGAUCAAGACGUCUCUGUGUCAGAAAGUGGGAACACGGAGAAUCCCAUUUCAACAGACAAGCAGGCAGAGAUGGAUACACACCUCUUAAACUCUCAGUCCACCUCACCAGUACUUGAUGUGUCUGAGCCAAGUUGUGUGGAGGCUGGGCUGACAGAGAACAUUGUGGAAGUGAAGGAUACCAACAAAUAUGAAAUUUAUGAGGAGGAGAAGUCUAAAGUCCAGAAUGUGAUUCCUCAGCAGUUGUUGGAUCAGUAUUUGUCCAUGACUGAUCCAGCCCGAGCUCAGACAGUGGACACUGAAAUAGCCAAGCAUUGUGCAUUUAGCCUGCCAGGUGUGGCCCUAACGCUGGGCAGACAGAACUGGCAUUGCCUCAAGGACACCUAUGAAACACUCGCAAGUGAUGUACAAUGGAAAGUGCGGCGGACACUGGCGUUCUCUAUCCAUGAGCUGGCAGUGAUUCUGGGGGACCAACUGACAGCUGCUGACCUGGUGCCCAUCUUUAAUGGCUUCCUCAAAGACCUUGAUGAAGUGCGAAUAGGAGUUCUUAAGCACCUGUAUGAUUUCCUUAAGCUUCUCCAUGCUGAAAAACGUAGAGAAUAUCUAUAUCAGCUGCAGGAAUUCAUGGUGACAGACAACAGUCGAAACUGGAGAUUCCGCUAUGAGUUAGCUGAGCAGUUGAUCCUGAUCAUUGAACUGUACAGCCACUACGAUGUUUAUGACUACCUCAGACAAAUAGCGCUUAACCUUUGUUCUGACAAAGUCUCAGAAGUACGAUGGAUUUCCUACAAAUUAGUGGUGGAGAUUUUGCAGAAGCUGUACUCCUGUGGGGCUCAAGACCUCAGUCUGAACUUUAUUAAUGAGCUUGUAGUGAGAUUCUGCCACUGUUCUAAAUGGGUCGGACGACAGGCAUUUGCCUUCAUAUGUCAGGCAAUUGUGGAGGAGGACUGUAUGCCCAUGGAUCAGUUUGCUCAACACCUACUUCCCUGUCUGCUCAGUCUUUCAUCUGAUCCUGUCCCCAAUGUACGCGUGCUGGUUGCUAAGGCACUACGCCAAAGUGUGCUGGAAAAACCUUACUUUAAUGAGCCAGGCAGUGCUUACUCUGAUGAGCUGGAGGAGGCAUUAUCUGAGCUGAGGAUGGACAAAGACAGAGAUGUGCGUUUCUUUGCCACACUGGACCCCAACAGAAAUGUCUUGGACACUACAGCACUGAUCUAAAAUCCAUUGCUUUCUGCAUAUACAAAAUAACCACCAGAAUGGACCUCAUCCAGCAGACCAAUACGAAUAAGUGUUCACAGUUGGACACCAGUGACUUGACUGACUCACACAUUUACACACACACUCUCUCUCUCUCUCUCUCUCUCUCUCUCUCUCUCUCUCUCUCUCUCUCUCUCUCACACUCACUCACUCACUCACUCACUCACACGCAAACACUGGCAAACACUUCGCAUACACAUCAGAAAUAUAUAUAUAUAUAUAUAUAAUAUCUCUGACUCUUUUUGGAAUUUGUAUUUAAUAAAAAACAUGUAUAUAUAGUUGCUGUCCAAAGGAAAACAAGUAUCUACAAAAUGGUACAUUUUACAGGAGAAGGCUUACUUUCAGUGUAAGUUAAUGCAAAGAGAUUUUAUUCCAAGCAAUUUUGAAGCAUUUUUGGCAGUUCAUUCAUGAUGAAAUUUUCAUCAGUCUCAUUCGUGGAUCUUUCUUCAAACCAACAUAUAAUGAACAACAUAUUCAGGCUAACUGGGCCCCCUGAAUCCAUGACAUUUUUUGGACACAGAAGACCUGCCUUGAAAUCAAGGUGAACUCAUUGUUCCACAUUCUCCACUCCACUGAAAGAGCUGGUGCACAGCUUCAAGCUGCCUCUCAAAAUCUAACUGUUUAUUUGUGAUGAUUUUUCUUCCUCUUUACCUUUUGCAUGGAUUUCUUACAAGAAAAGGACUUCAGCUGACUUAAGAGGACUCAUUCUUUAGGGUGAGUACUACCUAGCUCAGGGGAGACCUGAUCUUAAAGGCAUUUUUUUUUGUAGUUGAAAUGCCAGAAAGUGGCAUCAGACUGAACCUUGGUGAUGCUCCUGUAAAAUUUUUGCAUCUACCAAUCUACUGUUUACUUGUUCCACAGGGAUUUGCACAUGUAGCUGUGGGAAACGUCACAUUUUUUUUAAACCACUACAACUCAGGAUAUAAAGCGUUUUUUUCUCUCGCUCGUUUUGUAGCAGUCUUGUGUUAAUGGAUGUCUUUCAGUAAUACUAUGAACUGUCCGUUUGUCUCGUUUUGUGUAUGAGUGUGUAAAAUAAUAAUGGGAUGCCCCCUAAACUGAUUGGUGAAGAUUGGUGGUACAAUCUUGUCUCUGUGUCUUUGUGAUAGAGGACAGUUUUAGGGAAAGGUAGCAAUGCCAAGCUGUUUGAGCAAAGCUGACCGGAGAAAAAUGAUCUCUAGAAGGAACUCUAUACUCAGCUCAUCUGCACAAAUAUUGUCACAAGCUUCUGCAACUCGUGUUUAGUACCGAAUUAUUUUAGACUGACUAAAGCUCGGACAUCAACUUCUGGUUAAACAUUAAUAAGACUGAGGAUUUUUGGUUGUUUUGCAAACUAAAGCCCCGCCACCAGAGGGCAGUGUUUAACUAUUGUUUUUAAACAAAGGAAGAAAAGGCAUACUUUUUAAUCAUGUAUAAUCUUAUUUACUGGAUGAUGGGUAUGUAAUAGUUUUAUAGUUCUCAUUCAGGAUCAUCCAUUAAAAAAAAAAGGGUUGCACUGUACUUGUUGGCAAAAUUGCCUCUAGCUGUUGCUCUAAGAGCAUUUAGCUUUUUUGAGCUGAGUCUUGAGUACAAGAGCUUUCAAAAGCACUAUACCUUAAGAAUAAGUUUGAACAUGUUCUAAAUAAUUGAAGUCAAGGCCAGUCUGUAGGUUUGUAGCUGUGAAUUAAUACUGGGAGCUGUCACCAAGUCACUUUUGUCCUUUUCCUUGUUUUUGUUAUUUUCACUCUGUGUGUGUGUGUGUGUGUGUGUGUGUGUGUGUAUGUGUGUGUAUGUGUGUGUGUGUUGCUAUUGUUUUUGUUUUAAUGGUGGACCAUGUGGACAUUUGGGUACAUGUAGUUAUUGUUAUCAUUUCUGUAAAGCUUGAGACUCCAGUUGGUUUAUUUUACUCUCACUGUGCAUACACUAGCAAUACGUGAAGCACAAGUAUGUUGGCAAAACCACUUUGUCUGCGUAAGUACCCAUCUACUAAUUUGUGGUAUGACUUUUAUUCUAUAUGCAUAUGUCUUUUUAUUUUCCAUUUGAUCUCGUAAUUAUGUAUCUUGUUCAGAGAUUUUAUAUAAUAACUUUUCAGGGUGCAACCUUUGUAAUUUCUAAUGUCUCUUUUAAAAGAGGUUUUAUGUAUUAUUUUUAAGUAUUCUGAAUAAAAUUCUAAUAUAAACUA